UGUAAACGUUUUCCGCAAUGAAUAGCCUACACACCUGAAUUAGUCCAAUUGAAACUCUCGUUUUUGUUGCAAAUUUGCACAUUUCCAUUUGGAGUAAACGUGUCUGUUGCUAAACGUUUUGCAACAGAUUAAACGUUUUGCAACAGAAUUGUCGUAAUGAAUACACCCAUGUUGUGUGAAAGUCAGUGGCGGCAAAAGAGACCAAAAUAUUCUAUACUGCCAACAGCUGGAGGGAAUGUAGUCCCGACUUGUUGACGUGUUGCUAAGAUACCGGAGUCUUGACUGUUUCGAUGUUUAUCCAUGUUCGCACGUCAUGAAAAUUGUGGUUUUUUUAAUGUCUUGGCUGGUGAUUUAACAGUUAUGGUAAAAUAGGUAAACAUGGCCUGUAAAUUGUGUAAAUAAUCUGGAUAGCUGUCGACUACUUGCUGUAGAUGUAACAGUGGACGUUAAUGGCUGCAGCCGGACUCUACAAAUUAGAUGUGGGAGACAGUUACCCCGCCAAUUGUUUUCCCAUCCGACCAUUGUUUCAUCAACGAAAAAAAGUUUUCUGUUGAUUCGUUAGGGGCUGGUCACUGGCUGGUUGCUCACAGAAAUGCAGUGGAACAUAAAUACAAAAAUACGAACUAAGAAAUCAGAGGGAAACAGUUUUGCCUCAAACUCAGUUGUGUCUGAGUGGACACGGGUUGAAGAGUGUGGGACACCAGAUAUUCCUGGCUAUACAUUGGAUGCUCCUCUCCUGUUGUCAUUGCAUUGUGUGGACAAGCCAUCUGACCUGUGCUCUGUUGACAUCAGUGAGCAGAGAUUGAAUUUGAUCAAUACAGAAGAUUUCCUGGAUUUUAAGAAUGUUGCUUAUGUCAACGCAUCUGACAACAGUCUUACCAUAGAGCCUUUUGGUAAAUUCCCCUCCCUGAGGGAACUUGAGCUAUCCUUGAAUGGCCUCUGCAAUGUGACACUCAAUGCGGAAGAUUUCCCUCACCUGGAGGUGUUGGAUUUGUCUUACAACAAUCUGUCUGGGGAUGACAUCAUGUCCAUUGGUCUACUUCCCUGUCUGAAAGUCCUUCAUCUCACCGGGAAUCAACUUCAGUUUCUUCCUCCCAACCUGGCAGCCCCUCCCCAUGGCCCCUCACAACGCGCAAAGGAUAAUGGCAUGCGAUUUCAAACUCUUGAAGUGCUGAUGCUAGAUGACAAUAAGCUGUCCUCUGGUGUCUUCAGCAGCCUUGCCAACCUGAAAAGGCUACAGCAUUUAAACCUGCAGGGGAAUCGUAUCUCAGAGGUGCCAGAGGUGUUGCCGAGGAACCUGCAACAGAAGGGAUAUCUGCAACACCAGAAGGUGUUUCACAAACAAAAUUGUGACGUACAGGACCUCAGGAAUCACCGUGUCUCUGAGGGGUUAGAGACUGAAUACAUGAAUGCCCUCUCCGGCGUUCCGAAACACCAGCAUGAACAUAUCAAGAACAGUUCAGAGGAUGAGUGUGGUCAAUCCAAAAACUAUUCCCCCAUUCGCAUAUCCCUUGACACUGAGGAAUUUUCUGGAGCAUACGGUUUGCCACUACCAGAGCUUUGUUUCCUCAAUCUGGCUGACAAUAAGAUUGUUGAGGAAGAAGCACUGUUGUCUGUGGCCCUGUUUCCUAUGCUCAGUGAGAUUGUUAUUCACUCCAACCCACUGACCACACAGAGAAGUGGUGACCCACCACUUCUGACAUACUUUCUCCAGGAAAGGUUGGGUAUUAGAAUUAGGCGCAAGAAGACAUCAGAAGUUGUGAAGCCCCCUUUGAUAUUAUGUAUUGACUCAAAACGAAAGGUAAAAACGAAAAUCCCAAAGGUAACGAAGGUGCCUUUAUUGAUUCUCCUUGAAGCACCUUGUAGUCCUGCCUUACAUGAUCCUGGCUCUCUGGAGGAGAAGCAUGUUGAAGAUCACUGUACGAAUCCUCUCUCAGUAGAGAGAAAGUCAACAGAAAAGUCUGGCUGUUCCUCACACGCAAUGGAUGAGGAAAAUAAACAGGAAUCCAUGGGAACUGCUCAUAGAGUUGAAGCAAUAGAGGAUGCAAUAGAAUCAUCAGAUGAUACCUUCCAACAUGGAGAGUCAUUCUUUGUGACACAGGUGACAGAUUUACAUGAUGAAUCUGAAUACCAUCUGCUAUCUGACGAGACAGAAGAAGUCAAAGAGAUUGAUGGGAAAAAUGAGUCAAAUGCAAUUCCAGGAAAAUUCAGAGGCUUUGAAUUGCUAUUGGAUGCCAAACCAGAUCCAGACAUGGUGGAGCCUGUUGGACUACAACAUACUGUGAGAAUGUUGGAACAAAAACUCAAGAAUCUCCUAGUUUACAGAGAUUCCAAACCUAACCUUGAUUGCCUGCAGAAACCAUAUGAAGAGAAGGAGAAAAGGAUUGGAAAUCUACCAUCUCUGAGACCAAGAAAGCAGAGAGGAGAAAGAGUUGAAGAGAUGCUCAUACAAAUAAACGAGAGGAAAACAAUCAGCGAAAUCCCUCUAACUAACGUCUUAGAAGGCAAGGGCGUCUUCAAGGAUGAAUAUGAAGAGGCUUUGACUUUGCUGAGGGAUAUGAAGAAAAGGUACAAGAUGGUUCACAUGAAGGCAGUGGAGCAAGCAACACUUAUUGAGUGUGAGAGGACCACCAACCAAAAGUAGAGAUUCACAAACUCUGUUACUUUCAUGAAACAUGAACAUUAAACAAUCAACCAAACACUCUUCUUCCAAGUUAUUUAGGUGAAGAGAAUGAUCAGCUACAAAUUAUUUCUGGGCUGAAGGGAAAACGUUCUUAUUGACUUUAUUUAGCCCAUUUAUGACAACUGUUAUGUAUAACAUUAUCAUCAUGCAUUUGUUUGUCUGUUUCAUUAUUAAAUAGCUCUCUUUCAACUUUAUUCAACCUUGACCAGAAGGUGACAGUGGAUCUUGCAAAUGGAGGUGCUGUCACCCAGGCUCAUGGCGGAGUUUUGUAUUUCAGUGGAGUAUCAAUAAAAUCUGUUUUAAUAAAUUAGUUGGUAAAACAGUCUAACAAGGUGCCAAUGUGAUAUGGGGUGUCGUGUCAUCACUUCAACUUUGUGUGUCAUUAUGAUUCUGUACAAAUACUAUGCAACAGACCCUGAACGCUUGAUACUCUUGAACAUAUCUCGCGCAAACACUCAUGACAGGAAGUAAAUAAAGGGCCGUAAGGGACGUCGAUGUGUUCCCGCCUGAAACCGAAACGGAGGCAAAAGAGCUAUCGAAUAGAUAGCAACAUACAUUGGACAAUGGAUGACCUUUAUUUGGAUAAUAUUGAUGAAUUUGUCAACGACUAGAAUAAAAUCGUAAGUCACUUAGCUACCUGAUCUAUCUCGACCGAUCCAACUAGCUGUUGGGGUCAGCUACUUGCUAUUGUCGAAUGAUGCAGUGUAGUUUUAAGACCGCAUCAGGCCCCCAAAUUGUGUAACUACACAGUCGGUUGGGGAAACUUCGAGCUGUAUUCCUUCCUAGAAGAUGGGAAUAUAACGUACGCAACCGAAAAACCUGACAAAUCCAUCAAGGAAGAGGUAGAAGCAGCCCAGAUGUCCUCUUCAGUGGAUGAGAAGCCCUCAAACCCAGUCCCUAAAGCAGAGACUCCUGUCAAGGAGGAACUACCAAAAGGUGCUGUGGUUGAGAAAGAUAUUAGUUUUUCCAGAUUCUCCUCCAAGGUUGCAAGAACAGAGGGGCCCAUCACCAAGCCUUGUGAAUCAAAAACAGAAAGAACCUUUUGCUAUUUCUCAUUCAGAUGAGCGUUCGGAUUGUAAGCGGAGGAAGAGGAGACGCGUCUUGAAAUCGCGCACCUUUUUGGAUGACGAGGGAUGCAUUGUGUGUGUGUGUGUGUGUAAGCUGAGAUAGAUUCCAGACCCACCAAAACCAUCAACUGGCAAGAAAGAAGAGAAGGAAGAAUGUUGUUGCAGCCUCUAAUAAAUCAACUAAGCAGGCUUCUAUUAUGGGAUUCUUUCAAAAGAAAUGACAGACAUACUCACAAUGUACUGAACACUGAGAAGAUUAACAUCAGUUUUGAGGGACUUGAGGCCCAGGUGGAGAGAAUCUAGACUGACGCACAUUAUCAAAUUCUCCGGAGGAUGAAUGUAGUUACCUGACUGGCAACAUUUGGAAGAAUGCUGUAAUUUCUUUCCUAUUUAAAAAAAUAAAUAAUUGAAAACAUUUACACAUUACUGUAUAUGAUAAAGUGGCAUAAAUAUAUCCACAACACAUUGUAAAGUACCGUCAGAGCUAAUUGACCAUUGCCAUGUUAUUGUAGCAUUUAUUUGGGGGGGUUGAAAUUGGUUACAAUUCUGCAAGUAUUGAAGGGUUUAUACUGUGGGGAACCUGAACAGCUGCAGUGCGGAACGCUCUUACCUGCCUCUUCAACUGGUGCCUUUCCUUGGGUCUUGUGGAAAGAAAUGUCUGUCGGAUUCCGCAUUUUUAUUUUUUUUAUGGUAGAAAUUAACUUGAAUGUUUAAUCUGCAUAUUCAUUAAAGGUACAGUGUUUUCAUAUA